AUGUCGUCUGGAGAUGCUCCGUUAGAGGCAGUGGGUGUGGAGAAGAUUGGGUCUAAACCGAAAAGCAAAGAGUUCUACCCGUUUGCCUAUUCAUUGAUAGACUCCACCAAAGAUCAUUACUGUUGGACUUGUCUAGGAGAAACUGUUGAGUUAACAUGUGAUCAGUGUAAAGUCGCAAGAUUUUGUUCCAAGCAAUGUCAAGUUUCCGGAGCUUUCGACCACAAGUAUGAGUGUGGUGCCAUUCAAAAAUGCGCUGACCUCAAUACAGAUGAGAGAAUGCUGAUCAGAAUCAUUGGUAGAUACAAGGACAUUCUCGAUGGAAAUGACAAGAAAAUCGACGGAUUCUACACUAACCGAGAAAGUGGAAGAACAGUUAUGCAAAUUUGGGAGCAUUGCGCUGACAUGAAGAAGGAUGAGCAUGCAAUGAAUGUUUUUAAGAAAAUUUACGACCGCGUAAAACAAUUCGGUGACAAAAAUUAUUUGGUCGAUGAAGAGGUUGCUUUUCAACUUCACUCGAGAAACUUUAUCAAUCGUCAUAGUAUUUCGAAUGUCGAUUACUUGAGGGAAAUUGGAAAGGGAUUGUACUUAGAUCUCUGUCGUUACGAUCAUUCAUGCAGACCCAACGCAAUCUACAGUUGCAAUGGAACCGUCGCAAAACUGCGAGCACUUCACGACAGCGUUGAUUUAGAAAAUGUGGAAACAACUCACUACACUUAUAUCGAACUCCCUCCGUGCAAAAUCCAGCGUCGUCACAUGCUUAAAGAAACGUGGUAUUUUGAGUGUCAUUGCGAAAGAUGUGAGGAUCCAGAGGAUAACUGGCUGACUGCUGUUAUUUGUCCUGUCUGUAUUUCUAAAUCUGAAUUCCACAAGACAGUUAAGCUACAUGGACCAGAGGCAUAUGCAAAUCCUCAAACUUUGGAAAUUGUCUGUGAUAGAUGUAACAAUACACUCGAAAGAGAAUAUAUCUUUCUCGCUUUAGAUGGAAUGAGGACAAUUCGGAAAACAAUUGAGUCCGCUGAAGAUGUUUCAACUGAACCCGUUGAGCUUCUGAAAAUCUACCAAGGAGCUUUGAUGAGCUAUGAACGUGUUCUGCCGAUGUCGAAUGCCUAUUUCUGUCAGCUGAUUGCUGCCAUGAUCCCACUUAUUUCUCGUGUUAGCAUGACAAAGAAAGAGCGACUUGUUGCCUCUCUGGACCUCCAUUUCAAAUGCGAACCAUUUGUCAGAUACGUAUAUCGUUAUGCUCAUCCUUCGAAAGCAAUGCAUUUCUUGCAAAUGGGACAACUCCAUUUAGAGCUCCACAACGAUAAGGAUGCUGCCAGAUACCUUAUUGAAGCCCAUCGCAUCAUGGAUUAUCUCUUUGGAGCUGAUCAUUUCCUGUCAAAACAAACCAAAGGAUUUAUGGAUCAUGCUCUCUCAUCGUUAAUGCAAUUCCAAAGAAGUUUUGUUAAUGUUCUCGAAAAAGCUCCGGAAGCGAAGAAAGCAUUGGAAGAAAGAUUGUUGACUAAGGAAGAGAAGAAAGCUCUGAAAGAUGCGGAAAAGAACAAGAAAAAGAGGAAUAAUAAGAAGAAUAAGAAACAUGCAGAAACCAAUAAGAAAACCAUUGACGAUGAUCUGGGUGACCUUCCUGAACUUGUUGCCGAUUUGUAG